AUGAUUGACGAAUGGAUUGCGAACGGAGAGGUGGCGAAACUGGAGCAGCUCGUGCUCGAUGGGCGUGGGCAUUUACUCAAAGAGAAGACGUCAACCAAUGAGGCUAGCAAGGAGUUUCUGCGCGGUCUUACAGUCUAUCAGUCAAAAAUAGACGCGAUUCAUAAGGCAGUCGAAGAUGGAGAUGUACGUCGAGUGAAAUCGCUGAUCGACCGACAACAAUUGGCGCUUGCUAGGGAUACCUAUGGAAUGACUCCAUUGCAUAAAGCGCUAUUACAUGGGCAGACCAACACAGUGCGACAUCUGCUGGCCAAAUAUCCGCAAUGCGUCAACGCCACCGAU